AAAGAUGGAGCUUCAAGAUUCAGGUCAUUUAUUAAGAAAAACAGAUAAUUUAAAGGACCUUUUUAUGAAAUUAUCUAUUGCAAUAUCAAAUAAUAAACAUGAAGAAGUGAUUGAGCUUUCAGACAAAAUUAAAGGAUUUUCUAUCUCAGAUAUAAAAUCAACAAAAUCAAAAAUUAUUGCACUUAUUAAGCUUGAUCGAUAUUCAGAAGCACUUUUUUUAAUCCGUUCUGAGCUGUCUGCAGAGAAAGCGCUGUUAGAAAUGAUUUAUUGUCUGUUUAUGUUAAAAAAAUAUGAAGAAGCAAUGGAUUGGGCAAAAAAAAGUAAUAAACGAGAAAUAAAACAUAUUAAAGCACAAAUAGCAUACCAAAAAGAUCAGAUGAUUGAUGCAAGUGAAAUAUAUAAAGAACUUCAACAAGAUCCUUACAGAAUAGAGAAUGAAGAGUUUGAUUUAAGUAUUAAUCUUUUGGCUACUCAAGUGACAUGGCCAUCGAUUGAAAUUUCAAAUCAUCCAGCUAUUUAUCAAUCUUUAGAUUAUCGAUUUAAUAUAGGAUGCCAUCUAAUAUAUAGGAAAGAGUAUAUGAAGGCAAAAGAAUUGUUUGAGUUAUCUAAGGAACAAUGCUUAUCAACAACUUCUCAAGAAGAGAUGAAAUCUAGGCUUCAUCCUAUUCUUGUUCAAUUGGCAUAUAUUUAUUCGUCUAUAGGCCAAGAAUCGGAUGCGAUCUCUAUAUAUGAAGAUUUAAUAAACAAAAGCCAUGUGGAUCAAAUUAUAAAACUAAUUUGUAUAAAUAAUUAUUAUACUAUUAAAUCGGAUGCAAAUCCAUAUCUCAUUUUAUAUUCUUUGAAUACUAUAUUAUCAAAUGCAAAAUUGUCAAAACUAACAAACACUCAAAACAAAAUUAUUCAUAAAAAUAUGGCCAUUUUGAAUAUAUUAUGUAAGAAAUAUUCUGCAUGUCAUAAUAUUGUCAAAAAACUACAAAACACAUAUCCAGAUGAUGAGACUAUUAUUCUUAUCUUAGUAUCGAGUAUUAUAUCACGGUUUACUGGUAACCGUGCAUAUUCAGAAUUAAUAAAAUUACAUGAGAAAAAUUCAUCAAAUGUAACAUUAUCGUUAGCUAUUAUACAGUUUAUGAUAUCAUCCAAAGAUAAUUAUAAUACACAAAAAAUUAUAGAAAAACUUUUAGAUUCUUUAAAAGAUAACAAAUCUAUAAGAUUCAAGCCUGAAUUAGUAAGAUUAUUGGUGGAAAUAUAUGAAAAAAGGGGAAGGAAGGAUCUUUCACGCCAAGAACUUUAUGCAGCUAGUGAAUAUUGGAGAAACACAGGAAGCAACGACCCUAAUUUGAUAGAACUUCUAUGUGAAUCGGGGAAAUUAAAGCUUAAAAGUAUGAUUAAGAAAAAAGAGUCUAAUUUAUCACCAGUAGACGAUUUUACUUAUAUAUUAAAACUCUCCCCAAAUAAUCAAAAAGCAUUAGCAGGAUUGGUAAUCUACUAUCUUGACACAGACAUUAAUGAAGCAUCUAAAUAUGCAAAUAAAUUACCUGCUUUAGAUGUUCUUACACAGGGAAUUGAUGUCGAUCAUCUAGAAAAAUCAGGAAUUGUAAACCAUUCAUUAAAAGAAAAAAAAAAUAAUCAUUCAAAAUCACUUUUAAAACAAAAAAGAAAAAAAUCAAAGCUUCCCAAAAAUUAUGAUCCUGAUAAACAACCAGAUCCAGAAAGAUGGAUUCCUAAAAAACAGCGCAGCUAUUACAAAUCCUCCAAAGGAAAAAAAAGACAAUCAAACAAAACACAAGGAGAAUUAGUUGUAGAGAACAAUUUUACAACUAAUACAGGGAAUACAUGAAAAAUAUUAAUAAAGACAACUAAAUAAUGCAAAA